UCUCCCCUCCAACUUCGAGUACAUAUUGGCACUUACUAAAACAGUGAACAAUCGAGCGAGCGAGAGAGAGAAAGAUACAAAUACUGUACGAGUUCUGGUCGCCAUGGACGAACAACCUUCGAGUAAAACUUGGGGGAAGCCCAUCAAAUGCAGAGCUGCGGUUAGUCGCCAACCGGGUGAACCUUUGGUAAUCGAGGAGAUAACGGUGGCGCCGCCGAUGGCUCGUGAGGUUCGGAUUCGAAUCGUAUGCACCUCUCUCUGUCACAGCGACGUUACUUUCUGGAAAAUGAAGGAUUAUCCUGCAAUUUUUCCGAGAAUUUUUGGUCACGAAGCUAUGGGGAUUGUAGAAAGUGUAGGGGAGGGCGUAGAUGAAGUAACUGAAGGAGACAGCGUCAUCCCUUUUUUCAUGUCAGAUUGUGGAGAGUGCAUAGAUUGCAGAUCAAAAAAGAGCAACCUUUGUUCAAACCUCCCUUUCAAGGUGUCUCCUUAUAUGCACAGACACGAGACCAGCAGAUUCACUGACCUCAAAGGAGAGGUUUUAUAUCACUUUUUAUUCGUAUCAAGCUUUAGUGAGUAUACAGUGGUAGAUAUUGCCCAUGUAACAAAAAUUGAUCCGUCAAUCCCUCCAAACAGGGAAUGCCUCCUUAGCUGCGGAGUCUCAACAGGGGUUGGCGCUGCUUGGAGAACAGCAAAUGUGGAGACAGGAUCAACUGUUGCUAUAUUUGGGCUGGGGUCGAUUGGAUUAGCUGUUGCAGAAGGAGCCAGACUAUGUGGAGCUACUAAAAUUAUUGGUGUGGAUUUGAACCCAGAUAAAUUUGAAAUUGGAAAAAAAUUUGGAGUCACAGAAUUUGUCAAUGCUGGAGAAUGUGGAAACAAAACUGUGAGCCAGGUGAUCAAUGAGAUAACUGGUGGGGGUGCAGACUAUUGCUUUGAAUGUGUAGGAUUGGCAUCCUUGGUGCAGGAAGCAUAUGCCUGCUGCCGAAAGGGCUGGGGAAAAACAAUUGUUGUAGGGGUGGACAAGCCGGGGUCAAAAUUGAGCCUCAGCUCUUUUGAUGUUCUUCAUAGCGGAAAAACCCUCAUGGGAUCCUUAUUUGGAGGCCUCAAAGCUAAAACUGAUAUUCCCAUCCUUCUCAAACGCUACUUGGACAAGGAACUGCAGCUGGAUGAAUUUAUAACACACGAGGUAAAGUUUGACGACAUCAACAAAGCUUUUGAUCUACUCAUUCAAGGAAAGAGUCUUCGUUGUGUAAUUUGGAUGGACAAAUAAGUAAAGCUUCCCUGGAAUUUUUGGAAUUUGAUUAUGGUAAGGUCCGGUCCUCCUCCUCCGACGAUGGCAGAAACAAUAAAGAAGUUCUACAUUUACCAUGGUGUUAUAUCUUUUGCUGAAUUCAAAUGCAGCAGUGUGCUUGUUUCAGAGUUUGAUCAAAUAACAGCUGUCUUAAACAUUGGAUACUUUCUAUUUUCUGCAAGAAUGUUACAAAACUAAAUACUGAAUGCUUCUCUAUGAUACUGCAAAUGCACUGGAUUUCCCCAUUAAGGUUGCUAAUCCAUACAAACUAUUGUCAUCUAAUUUCCAUUUAGCUGACUUGUUGAAUUCUCGGAUGUAUGCUGACAAUGUCUGAAGUUUGUAUGGUUCUGUAUAUAUAGUAACUAUGGCCACGGAUGGGCUUUUAGACCUUGAGGCAUAGAUUAAAAUAAAACCCAAAAUCACACAACUUUCUAUCGGAAUUGUUCAUAUUUUCUUAUUCAACCUUUCAUAGAUUUAUAACAACAGUACAAAAAGAUGCCCCCCCACCCUCAAAAAAAAAAACACAAAAACGAUUAUUAGACUGUUGACACUUCACAACAUGACCAUAAUUAUUACAAUCUUCUAUUUAAUAUAUAUUGUUCCUUAAAUGUUGAAACAAUUCCCUUCAUUGUCUUUUAUUUUUUCGUUUUGGAAUAAGGAACAAGUUAGCCGAUAAUAAUCUCAUGAAGAUCAAUGCCCUCCUGAGGCCUGAGGAGGUGGGGGAGGAGAGAGAGGAAUUCUAGGAAUAUGAUAAUUCUGAUAUGAGGUGACAUGAGCACCUUCGGACAGCAUUCUUAUACGACCAAAAUGAAAAUCUUGAAAGAAAGAACCGCUUCCACCCAACUUUCUGGCCUCUGUAGGGAAUGCAACCAAAACGAGCAGAACAAGGGCAAUGAUCAACAACUGUUUUUGACCGGCUACCGCCAUCUUCUGUCUUUCUUCAAUAUUAUUAUUGUUCAAAGCUUUCCUUGUCUGUCUGAUUUUUCUCUGCUCUUUCAAUUUUAAU